AUGUGUUGGGUAAAUGGCACAGCCUCCAAUGUCAAGUACAUCUCAGACGGUGUGCGCUGCUUGCCGCCUCGUGGUGCCUGGGCAGCAGUGGCGGCAGCAUGUGGCGGGGUGAGGUGGAGGCUAUGCUGCCUGGCUUACAUCAGUGCGGUGGACGUGUACUACCUGCGCUACACCUACAUGAAGUCCUGGGCUGGGCUGCUGCGCAUGCUUGGUGUGGCCGAGCUGCUGUUGGGCAACGCCGUGUUUGCCUGCGUCUUGGCCUACAUGCACGAGGACAACGAGUGGUACAUGUUCGGCUACACACAGCCCUACGGCCUCGCUGCCAGCAGCAGAGCCUACAGCGGCUACUCCUACAGUGGCCCCAAGACGCCCUUUGUGCUGGUUGCUGCGGGGGCGGUGUGCGUUGUCACCUUGGUGCUCCUGGUGCUCCGCAUGUCGCUCUACUACCACACCAUCCUGCCGGACUCCUGGUGGCCCUUGACUGAGUUCAGCAUCAGUGUGGCCCUCUUCUUCCUCUACAUGGCUGCCGCCAUUGUGUAUGUGAACGAUGCCAACCGUGGGGGGCUCUGCUACUACUCGCUCUUCAAGACACCCAUCAACGCAUCCUUCUGCCGCGUGGAAGGCGGCAUCAUCUUCCCAUUUGUUGCCAUAGUGGCCUACCUGAUCAGUGCCGUGGUGCUCUGGAGGCACGAGGUGACCCGCAGGCACAGAGAGUUAAUGGAGCGAGAGAUGAAAACACAGUCAUCUUUAGUAGAACAGAAAUAUGACAGUGUCGACAGACCAAGAGAAGAGAUCACUUACAGGCAGCUCAAAUCAGUGAAAGUGAAGCCUGAACAACUGAAUGGUCAUAUACCUGCAGGCCACAUUCCUAAACCUAUUGUGAUGCCAGACUACUUAGCGAAAUACCCAGCAAUUCAAACAAAUGAGAUGCGAGACCGAUGCAAAGCGGUAUUCAAUGAUCAGUUUACUGAAUAUAAAGAACUGUCAAGGGAUGUUCAUGCUGUAUUAAAGAAGUUUGAUGAGCUGGAUGCAUUGUUGAGAAAACUGCCUCAUAAUCCUGGCAACUUAUAUGAACAAGAAAGGAUAUCAAGAGUUUUGCAAGAAUACAAGAAGAAAAAGCAGGAUCCUAUGUUUCUGGAGAAAAAGGAGCAUUGUGAAUAUCUGAAGAAUAAGUUUUCUCACAUAAAAAAUCAGGACUAUGAUAAAAUUAUGACUUGGAAUGUACAAGUUUAG